GGGGUGGGCUGGGGGGAGUGACAUAGUGCAGCGCUGGGUGGGGCGGGCGGGGAUAGUGUAUGUAGUAGUGUAUGCUUAGAGGGAGAGUAGGAAACUUUUUUCUGUUUUCCUUUCUCGAGGUACAUGACGCAGAGAUGGGUCCUGCGAGGAGGAGGAGGAGGAUUUAGUGAGAGCCCUACGAAUCCUUCACACGUCGGUGGAGUGGGAGUGGGAGUGGGAGUGCGAGGUGUUGCAGACGCUGCUGCAGCUGCGGGCUAGCACAGUUUGACGGUGCACGGAGGGAGGGAGAGGGAGAGAAUAGAGAUGGGGAAACGAAUCACUGCUUCUCUGGGAACGAUGACGAUCAUAAUGAUGUGAGUGUAGCUCGGAAGCAGCUAAAGAAUUAGAAUUGCGUGCGAGGAGGUUUGGGCAUCGCUGGCCUCAGUGGGUGCUGAAGAGCGUGCCGGUGCAUGUUUGCAGAUCGAGAUGAAGGAGUCAGGGGAAUCUGGGAGUCCCUGCGUGUAGCAAAACCCUUCCACCUCCGCACCUCAAUCAGCUCGAGCAGCAGCUGGAUGAGCGAGACUGUAUUUGCACGGCGGUCGUCCGGACGCUUGAGGAUCUAGAGGUGUGAUGUAGUUGCUCUUUUUGCCCCGGUUUAGGUUGUGAUUGAUGAUGAAGCGGAUGCAAGCUGGAGCAAGCAGCCUAGGAUGGGCUUCGACUCCCGGGGCCAAGAAGGCAGGCAGGUUCCGUCUGAAGGAUGAUGCGUUGUGGCACGCAGGACGGUGCAUGCUCUAAUGAUGGAUGGGGGUGGUGUGAAAAUAUAGUUUCUGCGGCAAGUAGAAUGGUUAGGCAGUAGUCAGACGUUUUGGUGUAGUCUCGCGACCAGGGGACUCCCAUUGCUCGAGGCGCUAGUCAAUCAUAAUCAAUCCAGUACAUAGUUUUUCAAGAUGAGAAGCUUGCGGAUGACUGAGGGAUUCAAGAACAGUCACGUGCACGCGGUGAGUCCCAUCGAGACCAGCAUCUCGGUCGGAGCUGGAAAUGGAAAGCAUUGCCGAACGACGUACAAUGAGUCGGCCCCUUCCACUAGUUGCACCGUCGCCCAACUCGCAGAUCCGUGCUUGCAGCCCUACUUCAGGCCGGUAGACUAUGUGGAAUCGUUGGCGGAGAUUCAUGAGGAGUUGGAGCUGGCUGCGGACGGGGAGAAGGCCCGCUUGUACAUGGAGCAGUCCUUCGUUUUUCGGGGCCUGGGCGAGAGCAAAAUGCUGCGUCGCAGCUUGCGUUCUGCUCGGCAGCACGCGGUGACGGUUCACGAUAAGCUCGUACUUGCGUCUUGGCUAAAAUACGAGAAACGCGCAGAGGAGCUCCAUGAGGGAUCUCCCACCUUGUGUACAGGUCGCAGAUUGGAGUGUCCCCGAUCGGCUCUGGUUCCCGGCUUCGCUCCCAAGCUGGCCCUGGAGCCGUGCGCCUGUGAAGGUCCCGAUGCAGAUGGUGCCCUCCUGGUGGACGAGUGCUCGACGUCUGGCUUCAUAAGGAAUGAUGUAGUCUUUCUUAUCGAUAACGAUAGAGUAUUCUGUAAUAGGCAGAGAAUAGCUUGUCUUUCUGGUCCAUUCCAUGCGAUGCUGAACGGUUGUUUCGCAGAGUCUCGUGCAGAUGAGAUAGAGUUUUCCGACAACGGGAUCUCUCCCGUAGGAAUGAGGGCGGUGGACGAGUUUAGUAAACUGGGCAGACUAGGCUUCUUGGCUCCUGACCUGGUGCUGGAACUGUUAGCCUUUGCUAAUAGAUUUUGUUGUGAACAUUUAAAAGACGCUUGUGACAAACGGCUUGCGGCCUUGGUGCACUCCACUCAAGAUGCGGUGACAUUUCUUGACUAUGCAUUAGAAGAAAGUGCCCAAGUCCUCGUAGCCUCUUGCCUCCAAGUUUUUCUUCGGGAGCUACCGGGAUCCCUACAUAAUCCUCAGAUUGGCACUUUGCUGUAUCGGCCAGAAGGAAGGAAGAGAUUCCAGAUGGUGGGACACUCGUCCUUCGCGCUGUACUCUCUUUUGAGUCAAGUGGCAAUGGAAGAGGAUAUAAAGUCGGAUCUCUCCGUGGUGCUUCUUGAACGUGCAGUAGAAUGCGCGGUCUCUUCUCGACAAAAAGCGUUGGCUCUUCAUCAGCUCGGCUGCGUGACUCUUAGUAGAAAGCAGUACCUCGAGGCACAGGAGUUUUUCACAGGAGCUGCUAAUGAAGGGCAUGUUUAUUCACGGGCCGGAAUCGCGAGGGCCAAAUAUAAGCGGGGCCUUAGGCUUGCGGCUUUCGCAGACGCUUCAUCCAUUCUGUCAACUGAGAAACCCGCAGGAUGGAUGUACUUAGAGAGGUCUUUGUAUUGCGAUGGAAAGGACAAGCUAGCGGAUUUGAAUAAGGCAACUGAGCUGGAUCCCACUCUACUGUACCCGUAUAAAUACAGAUCCGCCUCCCUAAUGGAUGAGCAAAAGGUUGAGCCAGCCAUCGUAGAAAUCAACCGGGUUUUGGGGUUUAAGGUUACGCCGGACUGUCUGGAGUUGCGAGCUUACUUCUGUCUUGCUCUCCAAGAUUACCAAGGAGCGACUAGGGAUGUUCGAGCGUUGCUGACACUCGAUCCCUCGUUCAUGAUGUAUUCUGGCCGAGUUACAGCUGUACAACUACUCAGAUUGCUAAGUCUGCACGUGGACGAGUGGACUAAAGCAGAUUGCUGGAUGCAACUAUACGAUCAUUGGUCAUCCGUGGACGACAUUGGAUCACUGGCAGUUGUCCACCAAAUGCUGGAGUCUGAUCCCGGAAAGGGCUUACUAUUCUUCCGACAGUCACUGCUUCUUUUGAGAUUAAAUUGCCCGAAAGCUGCCAUGCGCAGUUUAAGAUUGGCGCGUGAACAUGCAAGUAGUGAGCAUGAAAAGUUGGUGUACGAAGGCUGGAUUCUGUAUGACACAGGGCAUAGAGAGGAAGCUUUGGAGAAGGCCGAAGAAUCAAUCGCCAUUCAACGGUCAUUUGAAGCUUUUUUCCUGAAAGCUUAUGCUUUAGCAGACACGAGCUUGGAUCCGGGAUCAUCAGCUAAAGUAGUUGAGCUCCUAGAGGAGGCACUAAAAUGCCCAUCCGACGGACUGCGCAAAGGACAGGCCUUAAACAACCUUGGCAGUGUAUAUGUAGACUGCCGUGAGUUGAAGCUCGCUGCUGACCGAUAUGUGAGUGCCCUCAAAAUCCGCCACACCCGAGCACAUCAAGGGUUGGCACGAGUGCACCAUUUGCAAGGAGAUCGAAAGUCAGCGCACGAAGAGAUGACUAGACUAAUAGAAAAGGCCAGGAAUAAUGCAUCUGCUUAUGAGAAGAGAUCAGAAUACGGAGAGAGGGACAUGACUAUGGAGGAUCUUCAAAAAGUCACGCAACUGGACCCGCUGCGGACGUAUCCAUAUCGAUAUCGAGCUGCAGUUUUGAUGGACAGUCACAGGGAGAAAGAAGCCAUAGCAGAGCUUUCUAAAGCAAUCGCUUUCAAAGCUGAUCUGCAAGUACUGCACCUACGUGCGGCUUUUCAUGAGUGUAUCGGUGACCUUCAAGCCAGCCUUCGAGAUUGUCGUGCUGUUUUGUCCAUGGACCCGAAUCAUCAGGAUACUUUGGAACUUCACAAUCGAGUUCAUGGUCGAGAGGCUUAUUAGUGUUACCAGUUUAUUCCUGAGCAAUCAGGCGGACCAAACUUGGUCCUUGAGCAAUCAGCCUGUUAGAAAGGCUUUGCAAAGGACCAACUUUGGUCCUCCCUGAAAAUGCUCCUAGUUGCCAUCGUUUCGUGCUUGGAAAUGCUGCUUGCAUUUUUGUUCCCUGUAUCAUUCAUUCAAAAGUAUCUGCAAUUUUUUCUUAUGUGGGUCAAGCAGUGAUAUCUAGAAUCUAUGCCUUCCUCUUGCAUUGGGCAUCCUGGAACAAUGUUCACACUGCUUGUACAGGACCCUUCUUAUCCUCACCAAAUGGUGAAAUUUCCCACUCUCGGCACGACCUUGUAGAUUGCCAUACAGAUGUGAAUCUUUCUUGUAAUUAUCUUCACCGCGAGUUAAGAGUAGGACGCCGCAGGGAUACCCUGGAUUAUCUUUGUGUCUUCAAAUUGUUUUUUGUCUCUGCCUGCCGUGCUAUCUCCGUGCACGUCAGGCCUGUUGACAAUAUAAUUUUUUGAAUUCAACUGAACCUUGACAGGUGUGGAUGCCACCGAUCUACUGCUGUGGACUCGAUUGGUGGAUAUUAUUUCAAGAGUAGAUUAUACGGCCUCUGUGACUCAAUCUGUAUAUGUGCUCAUUUGAGUUUGCAGUUACUGCUUGCAAGAGGACCUGUAAGCGUUCCGAAGUAGAUGAAAUGAGUAUCUAUGCUAGACAAUCUUAGAUUCCCCGUCCAUCGUCAGUGACCUAAUCAUGGAAGCCGGGCUGGAACUCAGUGGGGUCUUAUUUGGCUUUGCCGAUGCAUAUCACGAGCUCCUUGUUGAAUCAUUUGGGCCGAAGCGCCGAAUGUACGCUGGCAAUAUGACUAAUGACGUCACUGCAUUCCAGC